ACCGCUAACACCACCACCACUACCACCACGCUUGUUUCGUUUUCCAGACCGACAAGCCUCCGCCGCCACCCUCCCCCGAUCCACUCUCCCCCAUCACAACCACCCCCCAUCGCCGCCAUCAUGGACGGAGACGGCGAGCACAACGCCCCCCAGAGGCCCGAGCCGCCCGUCUUCAAAGCACCCAGGCUCGUCUCGCGCCCCAAGCCGCCAGUCCAGCAAGAGGAGGAGAUGGGCUCCGAGAUCAAGCUCGGCGACUUCGAGGACGUCCAUGCCCUCUCCGUCUCAGAGGCCCGCGCCGUCGUCACCGCCGUCCACGAGGCGCGCAAGAAGAAGGACCCCGAGAACAACCCGCUGCGCGACCGCAUCUACAACGACAGCAUCACAAUCACCCAGUUCCUCGACUACCUUGACAACUUUGCCCGCUACAAAGAAGAAGACAGCCUGCACUCCAUCGCCGCCCUCUUCGAUGCCCACCCCGAAAUCUCCGUCGUCGAAAAGGCGCUGCUGGGAACCCUUACCCCCGAUACCGCCGAGGAAGCCACUACCCUCAUCCCUUCCCUCAAGAUGGACGAGGACGAGCUACAGCUAAUCCUCGACGAACUGAACAAGAUGCAGGAUCGACUUCGAUAAUGCUCCGACUAAUCCACUGCCACUGCCAACCAACCAAACACCCUGUACCCACUAACCAUUACCAAAACGACCAUCAAACAUGCUCUUGGCCUCGCGCAUGGUGGACCCUGCCACUCAAAAUGUAGGCGAGCAAUGGCCAAGACAUGAUGACAACAGCAUAAAAACUGGGCCCAUUGACGGCCUCGACUUGAACAUGUACCAACACCAUCUUCCCAACACUAGAGGGCCCCAUCUAAAAAUAGUCACACACCCAUUGGAUCACUCACCUGUCUUGACACCACAAAACUUAACACAGCCUCCAUGCUCAAAAUCUUUCCAUUUUCCCCACUUCCUGCUGGUCUAUGUCAUGUACUUGUCUAUGUACGCACUGGCAGCCCCUUGGCCAAGAUUGACAAACCGAGACAGGGUGCGGUCACUCCUGUACAUAUGUAUGUACUUUUGCCAGUAUCCGCCUUGGCCUACCAAAUGUCACAAUAGAUACUAAUC